GGGUCCAUGACGCCGGCCGGGCCUCCGGGGGACCUCGGGGGCCGUGAGCACGCAGAGAGAGCUUCCCGGGCCCCUCGGGGGCGGGGGGGCGCCGAGGGCCAGACCCGAAGAUGCCCACCAACGGCCUGCACCAGGUGCUGAAGAUCCAGUUUGGCCUGGUCAACGACACCGACCGCUACCUGACAGCCGAGAGCUUCGGCUUCAAGGUCAACGCCUCGGCCCCCAGCCUCAAGCGGAAGCAGAUGUGGGUGCUGGAGCCGGACCCGGGGCGGGGCCCGGCCGUGCUGUUCCGCAGCAGCCACCUGGGCCGCUACCUGUCAGCCGAGGAGGACGGGCGCGUGGCCUGCGAGGCGGAGCGGCCGGGUCGUGACUGCCGCUUCCUGGUCCUGCCGCAGCCCGACGGGCGCUGGGUGCUGCGGUCGGAGCCCCACGGCCGCUUCUUCGGUGGCACCGAGGACCGGCUGUCCUGCUUCGCCACGGCCAUCUCCCCGGCCGAGCUGUGGACCGUACACCUGGCCAUCCACCCGCAGGCCCACCUGCUGAGCGUCAGCCGCAGGCGCUACGCGCACCUGUGCCCGCAGGAGGACGAGAUGGUGGCGGACAGCGACACGCCGUGGGGCGUGGGCGCGCUCAUCACCCUCAUCUUCCAGAACCGGCAGUACUGCCUCAGGUCCUGUGACAGCCGCUACCUGCGCAGCGACGGCCGCCUCGUGUGGGAGCCCGAGCCCCGAGCCCGCUACACGCUGGAGUUCAAGGCGGGCAAGCUGGCCUUCAAGGACUGUGAUGGCCGCUACCUGGCGCCCGUGGGCCCCACUGCCACGCUCAGGGCGGGUCGCAACACGAGGCCCGGCAAGGACGAGCUCUUCGACCUGGAGGAGAGUCACCCGCAGGUGGUGCUGGUGGCCGCCAACCACCGCUACGUGUCCGUGCGGCAAGGGGUCAACGUCUCAGCCAACCAAGACGAGGAACUGCAUCAUGAGACCUUCCUGAUGCAAAUUGACCAGGAGACAAAGAAGUGUACCUUCUAUUCCAGCACGGGGGGCUACUGGACCCUGGUCACCCAUGGGGGCAUCCAGGCCACGGCCACACAAGUUUCGGCCAACACCAUGUUUGAGGUGGAGUGGCGCGGCCGGCGGGUGGCACUCAAGGCCAGCAAUGGGCGCUACGUGUGCAUGAAGAAGAAUGGGCAGCUGGCGGCCACCAGCGAUUUUUCCGGGCCCUUUACGUGCCCCGCCCACCUCACCCAACCCGGGAAGGCGGCAGGCGCGGGGUCACCCCUCAGCCCCCCACUCCGCCCCCCAGGUGAGGACGAGGAGUUCAUUCUCAAGCUCAUCAACCGCCCCAUCCUCGUGCUGCGGGGCCUGGACGGCUUCGUCUGCCACCGUCGUGGCUCCAACCAGCUGGACACCAACCGCUCGGUCUACGACGUCUUCCGCCUGAGCUUCAGCGACGGCGCCUACCACAUCCGAGGCCGUGGCGGCGGCUUCUGGUACACCGGCAGCCACGGCAGCGUGUGCAGCGACGGCGAGCGCGCCGAGGACUUCCUCUUCGAGUUCCGCGAGCGCGGCCGCCUGGCCAUCCGCGCCCGGAGCGGCAAGUACCUGCGCGGCGGCGCCUCGGGGCUGCUGCGCGCGGACGCGGACGCUCCCGCCGGGGUCGCGCUCUGGGAGUACUGAGCGGGCGGCCGGCCUGUCCCCCAUUAA